CAGUUCUGCUUCGACCUCUGAGAUACGAAGAUUCAGGUGGUGAAAUCUUCACUGGCUAACGAAGUGUCUUUUUUGGCUGAACAUUUCCACCAGAUUCUACUGCACGAUGAUUCGCUUACCAUUACUGAGUGCCAGUGUCCUCAGCGUGAUUUGGGCAGGAGUAGGGGCUUAUCCAUCGCUUACGGCCCCUCCAGAGAUUGCUGCUCUUUGUCCGAAUCCUCCCGGAAAAUACCCUCUGCUCUUAUCAAAUCCUGCGGAUUGCAGAUCAUUUUACAUGUGCUCCUGGGACAACAUGGCCUUUUUGCAGCACUGUCCUCCAGUUUUAUACUUCAAUCCAUCAUUACAAGUUUGUGACUCACCUGUCAAUGUACACUGCAACAUAUCUACAACAGCCUUGCCUAUUGCCCCAAAUACUACAGUUGCAGAAAAAACUACCUCACCCGUGCCGGUUUCUAAUAGUACAAGUCUUGAACAUCCAAGACCACCAGUGUCACUUGAAUCUGUAACUGCCCCACCAAGCGUUGCUGCCCUUUGUCCCAAUCCUCCUCAAGAGUUUCCCCUUCUUUUGGCGAACCCAAUAGACUGUGGUUCUUUUUUCAUGUGUUCAUGGAAUGGGGUGGCAUACUUACAACAUUGCCCAGCUAACCUCCAUUUCAACCCAGAAUUACAAGUUUGCGAUUUUCCAUCCAGCUUCAGGUGCACUGUUUCAACCACUCCACCACCAUUUACAAACAGCAGCACAUCAGCUCCUGUUACCAAUAGCAGCACUUCUGCUCCAGAAAUCAAAACCACAACCACAGCAGCACCUGUUGCCAAUAGCAGCACCUCUGCUCCAGAAAUCAAGACCACAGCAGCACCUGUUACCAAUAGCAGCACUUCUGCUCCAGAAAUCAAGACCACAGCAGCUCCUGUUACCAAUAGCAGCACUUCUGCUCCAGAAAUCAAGACCACAGCAGCACCUGUUACCAAUAGCAGCACUUCAGCUCCAGAAAUCAAGACCACAGCAGCACCUGUUACCAAUAGCAGCACUUCUGCUCCAGAAAUCAAGACCACAGCAGCACCUGUUACCAAUAGCAGCACUCCAGCUCCAGAAAUCAAAACCACAGCAGCACCUGUUACCAAUAGCAGCACUUCAGCUCCAGAAAUCAAAACCACAGCAGCACCUGUUACCAAUAGCAGCACUUCAGCUCCAGAAAUCAAAACCACAUCAGCACCUGUUACCAAUAGCAGCACUUCAGCUCCAGAAAUCAAAACCACAGCAGCACCUGUUACCAAUAGCAGCACCUCUGCUCCAGAAAUCAAGACCACAACCACAGCAGCUCCUGUUACCAAUAGCAGCACAUCCGCUCCAGAAAUCAAGACCACAGCAGCACUUGUUACCAAUAACAGCACCUCUGCUCCAGAAAGCAAGACCACAGCAGCUCCUGUUACCAAUAACAGCACAUCCGCUCCAGAAAUCAAGACCACAGCAGCACUUGUUACCAAUAGCAGCACCUCUGCUCCAGAAAGCAAGACCACAGCAGCUCCUGUUACCAAUAGCAGCACAUCCGCUCCAGAAAUCAAGACCACAACCACAGCAGCACCUGUUACCAAUAGUAGCACCUCUGCUCCAGAAAUCAAGACCACAGCAGCACCUGUUACCAAUAGCAGCACUUCAGCUCCAGAAAUCAAAACCACAGCAGCACCUGUUACCAAUAGCAGCACCUCUGCUCCAGAAAUCAAGACCACAGCAGCUCCUGUUACCAAUAGCAGCACUUCAGCUCCAGAAAUCAAGACCACUGCAGCACCUGUUAUGAACAGCAGCACUCCUGCUCCAGAAAUCAAGACCACAGCAGCUCCUGUUACCAAUAGCAGCUCUGCUGCUCCAGAAAUCAAGACCACAGCAGCUCCUGUUACUCCUGUCGCCAACAGCAGCACUUCUGCUCCAGAAAUCCAGACCACAGCAGCACAUGCUACCAGCAACAGCUCACGGGCUCCAGAAUUCGAAACAACCUCAAGUACUGGUGUGAAUACGAGUGAUAUGAUGAUUGCAACUACGGUAUCACCCCCGAGUAACAGCACUGUGACUGAGGAGCCUUUGAGUAGCACUGAAAUGGCUGCUACUUGCCCAAAUCCACCUGGAGAACAUCCUGUUCUCCUACCUAACCCAAGAGAUUGUGGUUCAUUCUUUAUGUGUGGAUGGGACGGAGUUGCAAAUCUGCUGCAAUGCCCAGGUGACCUUCAUUUCAACCCUGAGUUACAAGUCUGUGAUUUCCCAUCCAGUUUUGCCUGCAAAUUUUCUACAACGAUCAAUGCCACUGACACCAGGACACCAGAUUCAGCAGUUUAGACCACCCAAGUCUACUGUAAUAGCACGUCUGAUAAUAAUAGUAGGGGAGGGUACUUUUAAUAUAUUACUGAUAGAAGCAUAUACUUAAAGUAGUAACUCUCGCUAGUACACUGCAAUUAAUAACAAGUAACUAAAGGGUUAUUUAAUCUGACUCACAUAUCUUUCAAAAGUAGGACUUUUGAAUAUUUUUUUGAUGUUAUGAUUGACUGCCGUCAUGUUCUUGUGGCAGUUCUCAUAGGAAAGGUAGUUUAAGACACAUCAUAUAAUGUUUACUCGAUAGUCUAACGUUCUCCUCUUGUAAAGCUGGCAGCUUAAUAAGAGGAAAACAGGGGCUAUCUAAAUGAACCACUAUUUCCGUAUGCUACCUAGUUUUGCUUCUUCAAUGCAACUCUAAAAUAAACAUUUUCAUCGUCUAUAACAAUUCUCAAAUUAUGUAAACAAUUUUAAUUUAUAAGUAUUAUCUUUUAUGACAGCUUAGAUUUUUCGUUAGAAAUCUUUUUUUCACUACUUCUAAUCUAAAUGUUUACUGGUCUCUGUGAAGAGACCAUUGAACAUUUACUUAUGAUCUCCAAGAUAUUAGGGAAAGACUCAAAAAUGAAAUAAGAAAACAUGUUCCCGACUCUAAUAAAAAAUAUAUUUUUAAAUAUAAAGCUUUUAUUAUGAGUUACGAAGUCUGCUGUACUACAUACCCAAGCCUACAACACUUAGAGUGAUCGUGCAGUCAAAUCUGGUGUAAGAAAUAUCUUUAAAUAAGCAGCCACUCCAACAUACAGCAACGCAUUUGUAUAUUUUAUUGGUCUUCGCUGGUUUUGCUUUAAUACUCGGUCGGUGACCGUUAAUGAAUGCCAUUCAGUAACACGUUCGCUGCGCUACCGGCAACUUGAUCAGUGAAAUUAAGGCACUUUGGGUUUGGGAUACACUUUGAUGGAAACUCACUAAUGAAAACCCUACCUCGUCGGCAAAUAAACUGAGGUGAACAUUUGUACGCCUGUGGGUAUUGGCUAACAUGAGGCUCGGAAAACCAACCAGCAGACUGUAAAACACAGCAUAACAGUUUUAAGGGAGAAAACUGAGGCACAUAGUCAUAUUUUUCCACGAAUCCUUCCGUCUUGAACUCAAGCGAUUUCAAGGUGUUCUUGUACGAAAGAAUGUCAGUUAAAUGGUGAUACGAUAGUAAGAACACAACCAAGAGAAAGCCUCGGUAUUGAAUCACUGAAAAAAAGAAGUCUGCAGAAUUGCCUGUUGUGCUUGACAAUUUUUAUCUCAGAUGAUGGCAGAUUUGUGACACAUUUGUAAUAUUGCGUAGUGCAUUAUUCUAUCGUAUAUCAACUAUCAUGACAAAGCUCAUAGAUCUGAAAGUAUUUCAGAUUGAGGGAGAACGGAACUAAAAGACAUUAUCUCUUAUGGAAUCAUUUAAACUGUUUUCAAGCAACGGAU